GGUUAGAAAUCUUUUAUAAAAAUGUCUAAGGCACUUAAAAGAGGAUAUGUAGCAAAGAAAGUGUUGCAAAAGGUAGACCAUUCUUCACCGUUACGGGUAAACAUUCCUGCAGGAAUGGCAACUGCUAAACCACCACUUGGUGCACAACUUGGUCAGCGAAGUAUCAAUGUAGCAAAUUUUUGCAAAGAGUUUAAUGAGAGAACAGCUAAUAUUAAGACUGGUAUACCUUUACCAUGUCGUGUUAAGGUAAAACCAGAUGGUACUUAUGAAUUAGUUAUUCACCAGCCACCAGCAACAUUUUUCUUAAAACAAGCAGCUGGAAUAUCAAAAGGAAAAAUCCCUAAUGAGGAACUAGCAGGAAAAAUAACAUUCAAGCACUUGUAUGAAAUUGCAGUCAUUAAAUCACAAGAUCCACCUUUAGAGUUAUUGACUUUAAAAGAUGUUUGUCAAAUGCUUGUUGGAAUUGCUCGUACUUGUGGCAUUGUAAUUGUAAAUACAAUAGAUCCAGUAGAAUAUGCAGAAUUUAUGAAACAGAGAGAAGAAAAUCUUCAAAUUUUCCUAGCAGAAUUACAAGAAUCCAAGAUCAGUAAAGUACUUAGAGGAUCUUAAAGUG